UGGAGAGACCCUGGCAGACAGCAGCAGAGGGAGGUUGGACCGGGAACAAUAGAGAGAAGCGAAGCCAGAAACGCCAAACAAACCGAGAGGGCGACAGAAAGAAAGCAACGCGGAGCCGGAGAUGGAGGGCGAGGGAGGCUGACGGAGACAUGUGAGGAGCGGAGACGCGAGGAUUUCCAGCAGCGGCGGCUUUGUUUCUCUCGUUCUUUUGUCGCUGGAUUGUAUUGAACCGGAUUCCGCUAUGAACCCUGCAGACGCGGCCGAGGAGGCGCCCAGCGACCCCGACACCGAUGCCUUCUAUAAAACAGGGUCAUUCAGGACCGACGGCAUCAAGGCCUCGGAUGUUCUUCCGGUGUUAAAGGAGAAGGUCGCCUUCGUGUCCGGUGGACGAGAUAAACGAGGAGGACCAAUACUAACGUUUCCUGCCAGGAGCAACCAUGACCGAAUAAAGCAGGAGGACCUGAGGAGGCUGGUGACCUACCUGUCCACCGUUCCCAGUGAGGACGUUUGCAAACGUGGCUUCACCGUCAUCAUCGACAUGCGCGGGUCCAAGUGGGAGCUGAUCAAACCCCUGCUGAAGACGCUGCAGGAGUUCUUCCCAGCUGAGAUCUGCGUGGCGCUCAUCAUCAAACCCGACAACUUCUGGCAGAAGCAGAAAACCAACUUUGGCAGCGCAAAGUUCUCGUUUGAGACCAGCAUGGUGUCGGUGGAAGGACUGGCCAAACUGGUGGAUCCCUCGCAGCUCACGGACGACUUUGAAGGCUCUCUGGACUACAACCACGAGGAGUGGCUGGAGCUCAGGGUCUCUCUAGAGGAGUUCAUGUCCAACGCGGUGCACCUGCUGUCCAGACUGGAGGACCUGCAGGAGCUGUUGUCCAAGAAGGAGUUUCCUGCAGACGUGGAGGGGUCCCGUCGGCUAAUAGACGAGCACACGCAGCUGAAGAAAAAGGUGCUGAAGGCCCCCGUGGAGGAGCUGGACCGCGAAGGCCAGCGGCUGCUGCAGUGCAUCCGGUCCAGUGACGGCUUUUCAGGGAGGAACUGCAUAUCAGGCUCGGCCGACUUCCAGAGCCUCGUACCCAAGGUGGCCAGUCUGCUGGAUAAGCUCCACUCCACCCGCCAGCAUCUCCAUCAGAUGUGGCACGUCAGGAAGCUGAAGCUGGACCAGUGCUUCCAGCUCCGCCUCUUCGAACAGGACGCAGAGAAGAUGUUCGACUGGAUCAGCCACAACAAGGAGGUGUUCCUGCAGAGCCACACGGAGAUCGGCCGCGGGUACCAGCACGCCGUGGAGCUGCAGACUCAGCACAACCACUUCGCCAUGAACUCCAUGAACGCCUACGUCAACAUCAACAGGAUCAUGUCGGUGGCGGGUCGUCUCGCUGACGCCGGUCACUACGCCUCCGCGCAGAUCAAGCAGAUCUCCAGCCAGCUGGACCAGGACUGGAAGAGCUUUGCUGCGGCGCUGGACGAGCGCUCCACCAUCCUCGCCAUGUCGUCUGUGUUCCACCAGAAGGCCGAGCAGUUCCUGUCAGAGGUCGAGGCCUGGUGUAAGGUCUGCAGUGAAGGGGGGCUCCCGUCUGAGAUGCAGGAGCUGGAGAUCGCCAUCCAUCGCCACCAGAGCCUGUACGAGCAGGUCACCCAGGCCUACACCGAGGUGAGUCAGGACGGUAAAGCCCUGCUGGACGUCCUCCAGAGGCCUCUGAGUCCCGGCAACUCUGACUCGCUGACGGCCACUGCCAAUUACUCCAAAGCGGUUCACUGCAUCCUGGACGUGGUGCACGAGGUUCUGCACCACCAGCGGCGCCUGGAGAACAUCUGGCAGCAUCGAAAGGUCCGACUGCACCAAAGGCUGCAGCUGUGUGUGUUCCAGCAGGAUGUCCAGCAGGUGAUGGACUGGAUCGAGAACCACGGCGAGGCGUUCCUCAGCAAGCACACGGGCGUGGGGAAGUCCCUGCACAGAGCGCGGGCGCUGCAGAAGAGGCACGACGACUUCGAGGACGUGGCUCAGAACACCUACACCAACGCCGAUAAGCUGCUGGAAGCGGCCGAGCAGCUGGCUCAGACCGGCGAGUGCGACCCCGAAGAAAUCUACAAGGCAGCCAGACACCUGGAGGUCCGGAUCCAGGACUUUGUCCGGCGGGUGGAACACAGGAAGCUGCUGCUGGACAUGUCUGUCUCCUUCCACACACACACCAAGGAGCUGUGGUCGUGGAUGGAGGAGCUGCAGAAGCAGCUGCUGGACGACGUGAGCUGCGACUCGGUGGAUUCGGUGCAGACGCUGAUCCAGCAGUUCCAGCAGCAGCAGACGGCCACGCUGGAGGCCACGCUCAACGUGAUCAAAGAGGGCGAGGAACUGAUGCAGCAGCUCAGAGAUGCAGCCAUGUCCACCAACAAGAGCCCACACUGCAGUUCCAUCGCACACAUCCAGGGGGUGCUGCAGCAGCUGGACGAGGCCCAGGGUCAGAUGGAGGAGCUGUUCCACGAGCGCAAAAUCAAGCUGGACAUCUUCCUGCAGCUGCGCAUCUUCGAGCAGUACACGAUAGAGGUCACCGCCGAGCUGGACGCCUGGAACGAGGACCUGUCGCGGCAGCUGAGCGACGCGGGCCGGUCCGGCGGCGGCGGGUCCGGGUCCGGCGGCGGCGCCGCCUCCGGCGCCACAGAGGACAUCGGUUUGGCCGAGCAGCGGCUGAAGCGGCACGCCGAGAGGAAGGCGGCCAUGAACAACAUGACGUACGAGGUCAUGCAGCAAGGCCAAGACCUGCACCAGUACAUCAUGGAGGUGCAGGCGUCAGGGAUUGAGCUGACGGGCGAGAAGGACAUGGACCUGGCCUCGCAGGUCCAGGAGCUGCUGGAGUUCCUCCACGAGAAGCAGCAGGAGGUGGAUCUCAGCGCUCAGCACACGCACACCAGGCUGGAGCAGAGUCUGCAGCUGCGCCACCUACAGGCUGAGGUCAAGCAGGUGUUGGGCUGGAUUCGCAACGGUGAGUCCAUGUUGAACGCCAGCAUGGUGAACGCCAGCUCCCUGUCGGAGGCCGAGCAGCUGCAGAGGGAGCACGAGCAGUUCCAGAUGGCCAUCGAGUCUCUUUUCCACGCGAACUCGCUUCAGAAGACGCAUCAAAGCGCUCUGCAGGUCCAGCAAAAGGCCGAGAUGAUGCUGCAGGCGGGUCACUACGACCCGGAGGCCAUUCGUGGCUGCGCCGAGAAGGUGGCCGUUCACUGGCAGCAGCUGAUGCUGAAGAUGGAGGACCGGCUGAAGCUCGUCAACGCGUCCGUGGCCUUUUACAAGACGUCUGAGCAGGUGUGCAGCGUGCUGGAGAGCCUGGAGCAGGAGUACCGGCGCGACGAGGACUGGUGCGGCAGCCACGACAAGCUGGGCCCCGUGGCCGACUGCGACCACCUCCUGCCGCUGAUCAGCAAACACCUGGAGCAGAAGGAGGCCUUCCUCAAGGCCUGCACCCUGGCUCGGAGGAACGCCGAGGUCUUCCUGAAGUACAUCCACAGGAACAACGUGAGCAUGCCUGGAGCGGCCAGUCACGCCAGGGGCCCGGAGCAGCAGGUCAAAGCCAUUCUGAACGAGCUGCUGCAGCGGGAGAACAGAGUCCUUCACUUCUGGACGCUGAAGAAGCGGCGGCUCGACCAGUGUCAGCAGUACGUGGUGUUUGAACGCAGCGCCAAGCAGGCGCUGGACUGGAUCCAGGACACGGGGGAGGUGUACCUGGCCACCCACGCGUCGCCCGGCGGGAGCAGCGAGGAGACGCAGCAGCUGCUCAGCGACUGCCAGCACUUCAGGCUCUCGGCCAAGCAAACCAAGGAGAAGGUGAAGCUGCUGAUCCAGCUGGCGGACAACCUGGUGGAGAAGGGUCACGCCCACGUGUCGGAGCUGAAGCGCUGGGUGAGCACGGUGGACCGGCGCUACCGCGACUUCUCCCUGCGCGUGGCCAAGUACCAGGAGGCCCUGGAGAGGAGCCUGGGCGUCAGCUCCGAGGACAACAAGGACCUGGAGCUGGACAUCAUGCCCGCCAGCCUGACGGACGACCCCGAGGUCAAGCUGCGAGACCCCAACCACGAGGUCAACGAGGAAAAGAGGAAGUCGGCCAGGAAGAAGGAGUUCAUCAUGGCAGAGCUGCUGCAGACGGAGAAAACCUACGUCAGGGAUCUUCACGAGUGUCUGGAAAUCUACCUGUGGGAGAUGACCAACGGCGUGGAGGAGGUCCCACCCGGCAUCGCCAACAAGGAGCACAUCGUUUUUGGCAACAUGCAGGACAUCUAUGACUUCCACAACAACAUUUUCCUGAAGGAGCUGGUGAACUACGAGCAGCUCCCGGAGGACGUCGGCCACUGCUUCGUCACCUGGGCUGAUAAGUUCCACAUUUAUGUGGAUUACUGUAAGAACAAACCAGACUCCAGCCAGCUCAUACUGGAGCACGCCGGCACCUUCUUUGACGACAUCCAGCAGCGCCGCGGACUCGCCAACUCCAUCUCCUCCUACCUCAUCAAACCGGUCCAGAGGAUCACCAAGUACCAACUACUGCUGAAGGAGCUGCUCUCCUGCUGCGAGGAAGGCAAAGGGGAGAUCAAGGACGGGUUGGAGGUGAUGCUGAGUGUUCCUAAGAGAGCGAACGACGCCAUGCAUCUGGCCAUGCUAGAGGGCUUUGAGGAAAACCUGGAGGUGCAGGGCGAGCUCAUCCUGCAGGACAGUUUCCAGGUGUGGGACCCCCGCUCGCUGAUCAGGAAGGGCCGGGACCGCCACCUGUUCCUCUUCGAGUUCUCCCUGGUUUUCAGCAAGGAGAUCAAGGACUCCGCGGGCCGAACCAAGUACCAGUACAAGACCCGGCUGCUGACAUCGGAGCUGGGCGUGACCGAGCACAUUGAGGGCGACCCCUGUAAAUUUGCUCUGUGGGCUGGAAGGACCCCGUCCUCUGACAACAAAACCGUGCUGAAGGCGUCCGGCAUGGAGGCCAAACAGGAGUGGAUCAAGAACAUCAGGGAGGUGAUCCAGGAGAGGAUGACUCACCUGAAGGGGGCGCUCAAGGAGCCCCUUCAUCUGCCGAAAACGCCAGCUCUGACCCGGCCCAGAAACAACAAGAGGGAGGGAGCUGAAGACGGAGACAGCCAGGGAGACGGCAGCAGCCAACCGGACACCAUCUCCAUCGCCUCCCGCACGUCCCAGAACACGGUGGACAGCGACAAGCUCUCUGGUGGUUGUGAGCUGACGGUCGUCCUCCAGGACUUCACAGCAGGAUGCAGCACGGAGAUGUCGGUCAGCACAGGUCAGACCGUGGAGCUGCUGGAGCGGCCCAGCGAGCGGCCCGGCUGGUGUCUGGUCCGGACCACGGACCGCAGCCCACCACAGGAGGGACUGGUUCCCAGCUCCACGCUGUGUGUGUCCCACUCCCGCUCCAGCGUAGAGAUGGACUGCUUCUUCGGCUCGGGCAAAGAGAACUAUCCUGUGAGUGGCUCCGAUGGGAAGACGGAGUCGGUGGCCAACCUUCAGCCGCAGCCGUCGCUCAGCUCGCUGCAGUCCAGCUCCCCCGGUCCCAAACGCUCUGGGAACACUCUGAGGAAAUGGCUGACCAGCCCGGUGCGGCGCCUCAGCCACGGCAGCUCCGUCAAGAAGCUGCCCAACAGCAAGCAGAAGAAGCCCGGACCUGGAAGUGGACGAGACGAAAGCAGGAAGAGCAUUGACCUGGGUCGGCCCGAGCACGAGCACUCCCUGCAGGACGACGCCAUCGAUGAGCGAGUCCUCAGUAAAGAUGGCACCAUCCUGUCCAAGGCGUCGUCUGGGAUGCAGAGCGGAGGCGAGGAGGAGCAGGACGAGGAGGCCCCCACGCCUCUGCCUCCCCCCAUGGAGAUCAUCAAAGACGACCAGUCUUCGUCCUUGCUAACGUCUGUGCAGCCGUCGUCCGAGGUGCCCAGCGCCGCAGAGCUGGUUAGCGCCAUAGAAAAACUGGUUAAAACCAAGAUGAUCCCAGAAGCGUACCCAGGGUUCUCCUGUCCUCUGACUCCGCCAGAACAAACUCCCGUCCAGCCUCGAAACCCUGAACUGGAGCAGAGAGCCAAAGCUAUGCGAGGGCGCAUGUUUGUUCUGAACGAGCUGAUUCAGACAGAGAAGGACUACGUUAAAGACCUGGGCAUUGUGGUCGAGGGCUUCAUGAGGAAGAUCGAGGAGAAGGGAAUACCUGACGACAUGAAAGGAAAGGACAAAAUCGUCUUUGGGAACAUCCACCAGAUCUACGACUGGCACCGAGAUUUCUUUGUAGGAGAACUGGAGAAAUGUCUGGAGGACAAUGAACACCUUCCUGAGCUCUUCAUCAAACAUGAGAGAAGACUCCAUAUGUACGUGGUGUAUUGUCAGAAUAAGCCAAAGUCAGAGUUCAUUGUAGCGGAAUAUGACACAUACUUUGAUGGGGUCCAGCAGGACGUCCAGUCCAGGUUGACCAUCAGUGACUUCCUCAUCAAACCCAUCCAGAGAAUCACCAAAUACCAGCUGCUGCUGAAGGACUUCCUGAAGUACAGCUCCAAGGCAGGAUUGGACUGUGAACAAAUUGAGAAAGCAGUAGAUUUGAUGUCCCAGGUCCCCAAACUGUGUAACGACAUGAUGAACCUGGGUCGACUGCAAGGGUUCGAGGGCAAACUCACCAGUCAGGGGAAACUGCUGCAGCAGGAAACCUUCUUCGUGACAGAGCAGGACACCAGCGUCCUGUCGCGCUGCAAAGAGCGCCGGGUCUUUCUGUUCGAGCAGAUCGUCAUCUUCAGCGAGCUGCUCAGGAAGGGAUCGUCCACGCCCGGGUACCAGUUUAAGAAGAGCAUCAAGGUGUCCUACCUGGGCCUGGAGGACAGCGUCGAUAACGAUCCCUGCAAGUUCGUCCUGUCCAGUCGGGGCUCGUCUGAACGCUUCACCCUGCAGGCCGCCAACGUGGACAUCAAGCAGGUUUGGGUCGGACACAUUCAGCAACUCCUGGACGCUCAAAGCAACUUCCUGUCUGCUCUCCAGUCUCCUAUCGAGUACCAGAAGAGCGGAGGAGGCUCCACCUCGUCACUGACCAGAAACCGCUCAGCUUCAGGGAACAGAGCCGGCGCCUCUCACAGCCGGCCGUCUUCAGCUGUGGGGCUCGGUGACAAGGAGACGGAGCGAGGGAGGAACCAGAUGAAGGUGUCUACCUCCAACGGGGGCUCGUCGUGCUUCGACCCCAGGGACAGUGACGGUGGCUGCAAUGGGACCUCGUCCACCAUGGUGGUCACUCAGGACUACUCGGCGCUCAAGGAGAACGAGAUCUGCGUCAGUCAGGGGGAGAUCGUCCAAAUCCUGGCCACCAACCAGCAGAACAUGUACCUUGUUUUUCGGUCGGCCAACAGUCAGUCGCCGGCCGCCGAAGGCUGGGUGCCGGGCCACGUCCUGGGCCCGCUCACUAAGUCCAUAAAAGACUCGUCCUCCACGUCCUCCUUCCCAACAGCAGUGGCUGAUGCCAACAACAUCAAGAAGUCUCUGUCGUGGAACACGCUGCGUGCCCGGAAGCGCGCUGAAGCUAAGGACAUCUCCUCAGUGGGGGUCAGAGGUCAGGAGAACGGCCUGCACCAUAAAGCUAAAGAAAGCAGCGCCGCUCCCCUGCUCGCCUCCCCGGCCUCAGGGGUGAAGGGCAAAGAUGUUCACACUUCAGAUGAGUCAGACUGUGAUGAUGACCUUGACCCAAAGACGGGCAUGGAGCUUCUCAACCCAAAUUUCAUCCAAGAAGUGGCUCCAGAGUUCCUGGUCCCGCUCUCAGACGUGGUCUGUGCCUUCGGGGAGACUGUGGUGCUCUGCUGCAAAGUGUGUGGACGACCCAAACCCUCCGUCACCCUUAAAGGCCCCGACCAGAACGUGGUGACCAGUAACAGCCGCUUCACCAUCGACAUAAGGGAUACCGGUGACAUCUUGCUGAAGAUCUGUAACCUGAUGCCUCAGGACACAGGCAUCUACACCUGUGUCGCCGUCAACGACCACGGCUCCGCCUCCUCGUCCGCCUCUAUUAAAGUGCAAGGUAUCCCAGCAGCCCCUGGGCGGCCAGUGGCCCAGGAGGCGAGCAGCACAGCGGUGAUGGUCCACUGGCCGCCUCCAGCCUCCUCUGCUCACUCUGUUGUCAGCAGCUACACAGUGGAGUACAGACAGGAAGACUCGUUGCUAUGGCAACAGGUGGCCAGCAGCAGGGAGGAGUGUGUCCAGAUCGACGCACUGAUCCCCGGCGGUCACUAUCAGUUCCGAGUGCGCGCCUCCAACCACUGGGGUGUCGGGCCCCCGUCCGAGGCCUCCAACAUGGUCACACUGCCCAGCAGCAACUCUGGGUACGAUGGGACAGGAAUCCAGUGGAAGGAAAACUUUGACUCAGUCUUUAGUGAGAUCUCUGAGAUCGGCAGGGGACGAUUUUCAGUGGUGAGAAAAUGCCUCAACAAGUCUACAAAGAAAGAGGUUGCAGUGAAGUUUGUAAACAAGAAGAUGCAGAAGAAGGAGCAGGUGGCUCACGAGGCCGAUAUUCUCCGUCACGUCCAGAAUCACCAGCUGGUGGCGCUGUUGGACGUAUACGAGUCUCCCUCCGCUCUGAUGCUGGUCUUGGAGCUGCUGGAGGACGGGCGCUUGCUCGACUACCUCGUGGCCCACGACGAGCUGAUGGAGGAGAAGGUGGCGUUCUUCAUCCGGGAAACACUGGAGGCUCUGCAGCACCUUCACACCUGCAGAGUGGCACAUCUGGACCUGAAGCCCGAGAACAUCAUGGUGGACCUGCACGCCCCCACGCCGUGCGUGAAGCUCGUGGACCUCGGGGAUGCGGUGCAGCUGUCCGCCCACCGCCGCUACGUCCACCUCCUGCUCGGGAACCCAGAGUUCGCGGCUCCAGAGCUCAUCUGCGGCUCACCCGUCUCCGUGGCGACGGACCUGUGGAGCGUUGGCGUCCUGGCCUACGUGAUGCUCAGCGGCGUUUCCCCGUUUCUGGACGAGUCGCCGGAGGAAACCUGCGUCAACAUCUGCCGCCUGGACUUCUGCUUCCCAGACGAGUACUUCAGCGGCGUGAGCCAGGCCGCGCGCGACUUCGUGUCCUCGGUGCUGCAGCAGGAUCAGAGGAAGAGGCCGAGCGCCACCUCCUGCCUGCAGCACCCGUGGGUGGGUCGCGGGGGCGCGCACGGCGGGGAGCACUCCAAGACGCCGCUGGACACCACGCGGCUGGCCACGUUCAUCGACCGCAGGAGGCAGCUGCACGACGUCCGGCCCGUCACCAACAUCAAGGGGCUGGUGAGCAGCAGCAUGGGCAGCACGCUGUGAUGGGAGGAGGGCAUCUGACGGAGAAUCAGAGCCGGGUGGGAACCUUCUGGCCUCUAGAUGAAACCUGAACGGGGAAACGAGCUGAUUUAUUAAUGUACAAAAUUUUAUUGCAGACUAAUUUAUCGUCAACUGCCACAUACUGUAAGAAACGUCUGAUUUAGAGCCUAGACGCCCAUAAGAACCCAAAGAACCCAGCUCCAAGGUAAAAACAACCACUGUGACCGGCCACCGUGGCAACAUGUGAUUAUAUUUACAUUAAUAGGUUUAUUUUUACAGAGAAUAAUAUAUUUAUGGAACGCAGCUGCCCAUCAGCGCGUUCAGACCCGUGUUGGAUUCUCUAGUCACACACUAAAGUUGACCUUUAGCAAACAGACCAGCUCAUUGUCAGCCAUGUUGAACCAUUGGCCAAUUUACCUGAACGUCAAACAGCAAAGAGGCGAAGGGUUUGUAAUAAUCUACAACGAUCUAAACGAAGACGAAACGAGGCUGAUCCGAACCAGAAUGCUGUACGUCAACGGCAGGCCAAUGAUUAAUGACCAGGUCUCACCCAGAAGUACUACAAAGACUUGAUCCAUGUUACUGCACAGGAGUGAAAUCUCUGCUGAGCCUUUGGAGGAUGCUGCAGAGAACUCUGACCUUUUACUCGUUAGAACAGUAGUUUAGCCAACUCUAGUGCCAGUGCUGUGGUGACCUGUUAAGAGUAAACUAGUAAAAAGUCAAUGUUACUGAGACACUGUCAGUUGUUACAUGUUUUCAGUCAGUCUCAUCUUUCCUGGGGUCGUGGGAACAGAAGUGGGACCGGAUCAGGACUGAACCUUGCUAUGAUGUGUCCUUUAUUUAUUGGAUGUUUCUCUACUUGUGAGGCCUCCUGUUGCUCUGCGGGCCUGGACCGAGCCGCUCUGUGCGGCCGCUGAGCUGCAGCAGCGUUUACAUUCUGAAUGGUUUUAUGGUGAACGGCUUGAGGCGUCGUCAGCUCACCUGGACCUGAAGUGCGUGGACAGUCAUGGAACGGAGCGAUGCUGAGCGCGAACCAGGACACGGCAUUUGUUCAUAUCACUGUUUACAAGAACUGGCUUAGAUAGUUUACAAAGAGUAGAAUAAUCAGGGAAAACCUGCAUGUGACCAUCAUCAGAGCCCAACAACGCAGACCUGCACCGGCCUGAAGGACGUUGGGACGUCAGGGCGUCAGGACCGCGGUCCACCAGCCGCUGCCAACGACUCCAGCUCCGCUAGCGCUCCUUCCUCUGGCUUGUACAUUAGCUAGCAGCUAGCUAGCUAGCAGCUGGUUCGCUGUGUCCGACUCUCCUCCGUCUCCUGUUUCUACUGACGAAUGUAACUUUUUGUAGAAUGUGUUCUGCCGUCACAAGUGCUGCCUGCUUUCACCCAUUUCGCCCAUUCACACGUCCCCUAAAUAAGCAUUUAGCGUGCUACAAUAGGAAGCAUUUAGCUCAUGCAGCCGGGGAUGCCGAAUGGUGCAAGGCUAAGAAUCAGCGAUUAUCAGUGCGUUUCAGUGCAGCAGUGAGGACGUUUGUCAUCAGAACGGCAGUGUUCAAUCCAGUCAUAGCGUAACAGUCACAGCUCAUGGUCCCAAUCAUUGAACCUGUAGGUGUUGAGCAGUUAAAAUGUGAGCGUUGUAUUUAUUCUUAUGAUUCAUAUUCUAUAAUGUCUUAUUAUGUCUUGUUGUCUAUUUUGCUCCCUCGGCCAUUUGAAUGCACUUACUGCACCUGGAAGUCCGGCCUUAAAACGCAAUAUUUAAGCUUUACGGAGGUCUGGGUUUGAGGGCAACCACUGAUGUGAUGUUUGUUUGUUUUUUACUCUUUUACUGUUCCUGUUAUUUUCUGAUUUAAAUCUCCUCCUUCCCUUCUGCUGAACUGUAACACUGGUGCUUAGACUGAAAAUGGCUCAUGGACAGAUUCACAUCAUAUGAUGGAGUGCUUGUAAACACUAUGUAAAGUAGCACAGCUUCAGGUUUUGAUGCAGGCUUUUACUUUUUGGAGGACAUACGGAAUUUAUCCACUGGUGACUGAAACCACAUCAAAUCUCAAAAUGAAGAAUGUUCCAAUUAACUGGCUACUGAAUAAAACCAUGUUAGCCUUUGAA